AUGUCUUCAACCAUGACCAUCGAAGCGAUCGAGCUCCAGCCACUUCCAUCAGGUCCCAAACCCGCCUCCGAGCACUCCAACCACGAAACCAUCACUCCGCUCAACAUGCCCUCAGACCCAAUAUCGGAAUUCCAGUCUCUAUCCAAACUCCAACUAACCAUGACAAUCCUGCAACCCUCCCUCGUGAAUUUCUUCGGUAGUUUCACAUCCGGCAUCAUCACCGUCGGUCUCCCGAUAAUCGCUCUCACAUGCGGCGCCGCCCUACUGAUCGCUGGAUCCGUCGCUGACAUUAUUGGCCCGCGACGCGUCGAAAUCUGCGGCAUGUUUAUACUCGGAACAAGUAUCUUGGCCUGUGGAUUCGCACAAACCGGCAUCCAGCUCGUCGUAUUUCGCGCUUUUCAGGGCCUAGCACUUGCCAUGCAUAUCCCCGCAAGUGUUUCGAUUAUCGCGAACGCGGUGCCGGCGGGUAGGGCGAGGAAUGUGGGAUUCAGCUGUCUGGGAUUGAGCCAGCCAUUGGGAUUUUCGUUUGGCAUGGUGCUGAGUGGUAUCAUGAUUGAGAGGAUUGGGUGGAGGUCUGGGUUCUAUCUGUGUGGAGCUGGGAUCUUAGUGAAUGCGGUCCUUUCGUGGAUCUAUUUACCGAAGAUGAAAGGUGAGGCCGAGAGUUUGUCAAAGCACGAUCUGACGAAGAAGCUGUGGACAGAGGUCGAUUGGGUUGGAGGGAUUAUUGCUGGUAGCGGAUUGGCGUUGUUGUCAUACGUCUUUGCAAUGGUUAGCGCCGACUUGACAACAAUCCGAUCCGCGUCCACAGCCUCCCUCCUCGCCAUCAGCCUUGUGCUAUUCAUCGCAUUCCCCGUGUGGAUGCGAUACCGCGAAACCCACGGACAAUCCGCCCUGAUCCCCAACUCGCUCUGGAACCUGCCGUUCUCCAGCAUAUGCGCACUCGUCGCACUGUCCUACGGUGCAAUGAACUCAAUGUCAAUCUUCUGCAGCCUGUACUUCCAAGAAGUGCAAAACCACUCCCCGCUUAUCGCAUCCCUAUACCUCCUCCCCAACCUCGUCAUCGGCGUAUUAAUCAACCUAAGCAUGGGCAUCUUCGUCGAUCGACUACCUGCCGGCUGGACUAUUGUUGUAUCCUCGCUGCUCUGUGCGCCGGCCCCGCUCAUGAUGGCGCUGGUCGAUCCGAGCUGGAAGUACUACUACCUUGAGCUCUGGGCGCAAAUACUCUCUCCCCUGGGCAUAAACGUGCUCUUCACGGUCGGCCUCAUCAUCGUGAGCGAUAACUUCUCGAAGGAGACGCAAGCGCUGGCGGGUGCGGUAUUCAGUACCGCAUCUCAGUUUGGCACAAGCUUGGGUGUUGGCGUGUGUCAAGUUGUUGCUCUGGGAGUGAUGGGAGACUUGAGUUCGGAAGGUGCGACUUCGGGUAAUGCUAGCGACAUGCUGCGGGGGUAUCGGGCGAGCUUCUGGGCAAUGUUCGCCUCGAUGGUGUUGUGCAUUCUCAUAUCUAUCGUGGGCUUGCGCCGGACUGGGAAGGUAGGUUUGAAGAAGGACUGA